UGAACCGACAAUUUUUAUCAAAAAAGAGGGAUUUAUUGUAAAAAAAUGGAAAAAUUUACUAAAUGGAGGGACAGAGGAACAGGAUUGGCACCUUUUUUUCAGAAUUCAUUUGAAAUACAGUCACCAAAAUGGGUUUUUUUGAUUUUGGGGAUAUUUCUAUAUAUAAUACGACAUUUAUUUAUAUUUUUUCUUUUUAUUAGCUACAUUAUAUUUGUUCAUGUCAUAUUAUCAGCUAUUUUUCAGCCAUUAUUUCCUGGAAUGGUUCAUUUUGUUAAGAAAUUAUAUAUAGGCAGUGUUUUUAUUAUAUGUGGAAUUUCUUUAUCAUCAUUUCAAAUCAAUUAUACAAAAAAAAAAAGGACAGUUCCAUGUGCACAAGACAUCAUUAUUUCUUGUUAUUGUUCUCCUUUGGAUAUUUUAUGUCUAAUUUAUAAUUAUGACCCUAUAUUUACAAUUUCUUUUUCUAAUACAUCAUUGGUUCAACAUGUUUCUGGAUUAAAGGCACUUUUUUAUACAUUUUCAGUACCAAAAAGAUCUCCAUAUAAAAAUUAUACAACAUUGGACAGUUUGUCAAAAUUAUAUCCAAAUAGAAUUAUUUCUGUUUUUCCAGAGGGAACUACUUCUAAUGGUAAUGGAUUGCUUUUAUUUACACAAAGCCUUGAAUCAGUUACACCUCAAGCUAAAAUCUUCCCUUUAUCUAUCAAAUACAGCAAUUAUCUUACAACACCCCUUCCAGGGUCUUUUUUUAUAUUUUUAUUAAGAUUUACAUUCAAAUUAACACAUAACUUUCAAAUAAAAAUAUCAGAAACACCUAUUAUUGCAGAUCAUCCAGAAAAACUUGGAGAAAUAGCUUCUAUUGCUCUUUCAAAAUUAUCUAAGAUACCUAGACUUGAAUUGGGUGUUAAUGAAAAGAUAUCCUUUUUAAAGGCAUGGAAAACCUUUUCAAAGGUUUAAUAUUUUUUCAUAAAUUUUAUUUUAAUUUAAAGAAUUUAUACAAUU